GGCUGGUGAUACAAAAAGGGAAGUCUGUGUCAUUACCAAUAAAGUGGUUCACUGUUGGACAAUGUUGGCGGUACGAGAGAAUGACAAGGGGGCGUCGUCGUGAGCACUACCAAUGGAACAUGGAUAUUAUCGGUGUUCCUGGGGUUAUGGCUGAAGCAGAGCUUAUAUCUUCUAUUGUCACUUUGUUCAAGCGAAUAGGAAUUACAGAAUCAGAUGUUGGAUUUAAGGUUUCCAGUCGAAAGGUUCUACAAGAAGUAUUAAAUUGUUAUUCAGUACCAGAAAAUUUAUUUGGCAAGGUCUGCGUCAUUAUUGAUAAAAUUGAGAAAAUUCCAGUUGAUGAGAUAAAGAAAGAGUUAAGAGCUGUUGGUCUAUCACAAGACGCUGUCCAAGAGCUAUUACAAAUCCUUUCUGUGAAGUCAUUGACAGAGUUAGAAGAGAGACUCGGAAGUG